AACUAUACCCACAAAAUAGAAGGCAAAAUUUAGGAUGAGAAGACGAGAAAGCCCAGUAGAGAGCAGCCAACGCUCCUGACGGUUAUUUCUACACAUUUGGUUUCUCGUUUCCUCCGCCCCUUUCUUUCCUUUUUAUGUCCAUCAAUUCUACAAUCAUUCAUCUCUUACUCACAUUUCUUGUAAUUCAUCCAUGGCGAUGUCUUUCUCUGCAACAAAAGUUUUGCAACCUUUGCCCCUUAACUCUACUAGAUCUGCUGAAAAGCCCCUUUUGUGUCAAUCUCUAAAGGGUAGCUCCUCCUUUCUUGGAUCAUCUUCUCAUAAGCUUUCCCUCAAGAAGACUUUCUAUCCUCAUCAAUCUCAACGCCGAUCCAAUAAUGCUGUUGUCGCCGUUUCUGAUGUUGUUAAGGAAAAGAAAUCAAAGUCCAAAUCUUCUAGCUCCAAUCUGUUGAUUACUAAGGAGGAAGGAUUGGUACUGUAUGAGGACAUGGUGUUGGGAAGAACUUUUGAGGACAUGUGCGCCCAAAUGUAUUACAGGGGUAAAAUGUUUGGUUUUGUGCAUUUGUACAACGGCCAAGAAGCUGUCUCAACUGGUUUCAUCAAGCUCUUGAAGAAGGAAGACUCUGUAGUUAGUACUUAUCGUGAUCAUGUCCAUGCAUUGAGCAAAGGUGUCCCAGCUCGUCAAGUGAUGAGUGAGCUAUUUGGGAAGACCACGGGCUGUUGUAGAGGCCAGGGUGGAUCUAUGCACAUGUUUUCCAAAGAGCACAACGUUCUUGGUGGUUUUGCCUUUAUUGGUGAGGGAAUCCCAGUGGCUACAGGUGCUGCAUUCACUAGCAAGUACAGAAGGGAGGUCUUGAAGGAGGCUGAUUGUGAUCAUGUCACUCUGGCCUUCUUUGGUGAUGGAACUUGCAACAAUGGACAAUUCUAUGAGUGCUUGAACAUGGCCGCGUUGUGGAAAUUGCCCAUUAUCUUUGUUGUUGAGAACAAUCUGUGGGCAAUUGGGAUGUCCCACUUGAGAUCUACUUCUGAUCCUGAAAUUUGGAAGAAAGGUCCUGCCUUUGGGAUGCCUGGGGUUCAUGUUGAUGGAAUGGAUGUGUUGAAGGUGAGGGAGGUAGCAAUGGAGGCUGUUGGCAGAGCUAGGAGAGGGGAAGGUCCCACUUUGGUUGAAUGUGAGACCUACCGGUUCAGAGGACACUCUUUGGCUGAUCCAGAUGAGCUUCGUGACCCUGCUGAAAAGAAUCACUAUGCCACAAGAGAUCCUAUCACUGCUUUGAAGAAGUAUAUGUUUGAGAACAAUCUGGUCAAUGAAGCAGAGUUAAAGGCCAUCGAUAAGAAGAUUGAUGAAUUGGUUGAAGAGUCUGUUGAGUUUGCAGAAGCAAGCCCUGUUCCAGCUCGUAACCAGCUGCUAGAGAAUGUAUUUGCUGAUCCUAGGGGCUUCGGAAUUGGGCCUGAUGGAAGGUACAGAUGUGAGGAUCCUAAGUUCACUGAAGGCACAGCUCAGGUCUAGUUCUCAAGGUUGUGCUGUGUGGACCUGCACAAGAUGGCCUUCAGUAGUUGAUGAUAAGCAGGGUUUCUUUAGUAAUUAUUGAUAUUGAUAUUGAUAGCACUCCUACACAUGUAUUAAUAUCUUUCCCCAUGAGAAAGAUCUGAGGUUUAGUUACUUUAUAGUUUCAGUUUUGUUCAGGGUUGUGUUCUCUUUAUCUUGGACAUUGUUUGUUAGUUGUUACUAUUCAUGAAUGACAAAACCUGAAGGGCCUUGCAUUCCUCUUUUUGCACAUUCAAUGGUUGUAAGUGGCUAGUCUCUUGGCAAGUCUUGUAUCAUUUGUUAAA